GCCUCAGUUCUUCGUUUCUUCUUGAUCGCUGCGGUUCUACUUGCGAUCCGGCGAACGGAAUUCAAGACGAGAAAAAGACAUGCGGGUCAUUUUGUUAAUCGCGUGCCUCGCGGUGGCAAGUUGCCACGAAUUUAAAACAAUUCACUCGUGGAACUAUGUCGAGUUCAACUUUCCAAAUGCGACUAUUCAAAAUACACUAACGGCCAACGGUGAAUAUGUUCCUGAGAAUAAUAUGCCUCUCGGUGUACAAGUCUGGGAGGACAAAAUAUUCAUUACUGUGCCACGGUGGAAGAACGGAGUCGCGUCUAAUUUAAAUUAUAUCGCGAAGGAUGAUCCGUCAAGAACUCCAAAAUUGAAUCCUUAUCCAAAUUUCGAUACAAAUUACAUUAACACACCUGACGGUAUUGUCAGUAUAUUCCGUGUUAGAAUCGACGAUGCUUGCGGUCGAUUAUGGGGCGUCGAUACCGGUGUUAACGACAUUUUGGGUAACAGUACCAUAGUAAGACCAGUGAGAAUCAUCGUAAUUGACUUGAAAACAGACAAGAUAAUACGAAUAUACCCUUUGAAAAGCACAGAUCAAACGUCUAAUUCAUUUUUCGCUGAAUCGGUAGUCGAUUCUGAACCGGACAACUGUGAUAACUCGCAUCUUUACAUUUCCGAUUUAGGUGGAUACGGUAUGGUAGUUUAUAGUUGGGCCAAGAAUGAUUCCUGGAGAAUAACGCACAAUUUCUUCUACUUUGAUCCUCUCAGCGGUAAUUACAACGUCAGCGGAUAUAAUUUCCAAUGGACAGAUGGACUGUUUGGAUUGGCUCUAUCUCUGCCACGAGACGAUGGCUACAAAACUUUGUAUUUCCACCCGAUGUCUAGUGUGACCGAAUUCUCUGUUUCUACGGAAGUUCUGCAGGACAGUACAUUAACGAAGUCCAGCAACUAUUACGCUUUUCAUGUCGAGGGUGAUAAAGGCCCGUUCACUCAGGGACCAACGUCUGUGAUCGAUAUAAUGACUGGUAUCAAUUAUUUCGCUCAAGUACUCAGAAAUGGCAUCGCUUGUUGGGACACCAAUCACGAAUUGAAUCCAAGUACUUUCGUCCUCGUAGCUGAAGACAAUACGACGCUGGUUUUCCCUAACGACUUGUCCAUCGAUCGAUCCACCAACAUGUUAUACGUACUCUCCGACAAUUUGCCGCAAUUUUUAUUCUCACAGUACGACAUGAAGAAGCGUAAUUUCUUCCUUACAGCAACCAGCCUCGAAUCGUUGAGCAAAAUUUGCAAGAGGCGAAAUAUGAAUAUGCAGAGAAGACUUCCUCAUAUUCUUUAAUUAAUUAAACGCGGUUCCUUUAAACUUCAUUA